GCACGCGAUAAGGAAUUUCCUAACACCUAUCCAACUUCAACGCCCUCCUUCACCAACCCCUCUUCUCUUCGUAACCCUGAUCCGACCCUAGGACUUCUCUUCUUCUUUUCUUACUUCUACUCUUCUUUGUAUCGCCCUCGCCCUCAGCUUUCCCCGCCCUAUCCGCAGCCCAUCGAAAUUCAUCCUAAAUUAAUUUCUACCACGCCAGGGGCGACACGCGAUAUAUCAGACAACAUCAUCCUCCUCGAACCGAACUGUGAUAAGGAGAGAAUGUCGAGUGUCAGGACCCGAAGACAGGCGGCGGCCGUGUCUACGCCUAAGACUCCCUCGCCGGCGCCCCGAGGACAGGUGGCCAUGAACGGAAACGGGCCAGUUCAUGGAUCUGCCAAGGGCGAGAAGGAGAACAUCUUCCUGUUCUGGCCAAACAUCAUCGGCUACUCUCGCAUCUUCCUCGCGUUUGCGUCCCUCUACUACAUGCCUCUCCAUCCCCGAACCUGCUCCGCUUUAUACAGUGUCUCGUGUCUGCUGGAUGCCCUAGAUGGAUAUGCUGCGCGCUACUUCGAACAGUCCACCAAGUUCGGCGCCGUUCUGGACAUGGUGACGGAUCGCUGUACCACUGCUUGCCUCCUCGUCUUCCUUUCUUCUGCCUGGCCCCGUUGGGCGCUCCUCUUCCAGGGUCUUAUCUCCCUGGAUAUGGCCAGCCACUAUGUUCAUAUGUAUGCGACUCUUAGCAUGGGCGGCUCAGACCAUAGCCACAAGUCGGUCGACAAAUCCAGGAGCUGGCUGUUGAACUUGUAUUACACGAAUAAGACCGUCCUCUUCCUCUGCUGCGCGCUGAACGAGACCUUCUUCAUCGCCCUCUACCUCCUAUCCUUCUCGUCGCCUCUCCUAUCGCCAUCGCUGCUCCAGGUCACGAAACCCGACAAUGCUACAGGAACACUUCAUGCCGGAAGCUCGAGCCCAUCUGGCCUUGCCGCCUCCCUCCUCAUGAACCCAUACAGCGCCGGCGCAUUGGAAUUGGCACGAGCGAACAAGAUGGACUCGUUCUGGCCCUGGGUCAUCGCUGGAGUCAGCCUUCCGGUCAUGACCAUCAAGCAGAUUCUCAACGUCGUGCAGUUAGUCAAGGCCAGCCGCUGGCUAGCCGAGGGAGAUCGCGAGGCCAGGAGAGCUGCUGGUCUGCCCCGGAGCAGGAAGACCAAGUGAGG